UUUCUUGUUCAAACUUGCCUCUUAGAUCUUAAAAAUGGAUGGAUCAAAUGGCCAUGGUAGUGGUGAAAGUGUGCACAUGUUUCUAUCAAAUUAUAAGCUGGGAAAAACACUUGGCAUAGGGACCUUGGGCAAGGUGAGAAUUGCAGAGCAUGUAUUAACUGGUGAUAAAGUCGCCAUAAAGAUCCUUAACCGCCGCAAUAUAAAUAACAUGGAACUUGAAGAAAAAGCUUUGAGAGGAACCAAUAUUAUAAGAUCCUUAUCACAUCCUCACAUUAUUCAAGUUUAUAAGGUGGUAGAAACCCCAACAGAGGUAUAUGUUGUUAUGGAGCAUAUGAAAUCUGGAGACCUCUUUGAUUACAUAGUAGAAAGGGGUAGGUUGGAAGAAGAUGAAGCUCGUAAUUUUUUCCAGCAGAUAAUUUCUGGUGUGGAGCACUGUCACAAAAAUAAGGUGGUUCACAGAGACCUGAAGCUUGAAAGUGUACUUCUAGACUCAGAAUGCAAUGUCAAAAUUGCUCAUUUUGGCUUGAGCACCAUCAUGCAAGAUGGUAUCCUUCUCAAGACAAGUUGUGGAACCCCUAACUAUGCAUCUCCUGAGCUCAUCUCUGGGAAAUUGUAUGCUGGACCUGAAGUAGAUGUAUGGAGCUGUGGUGUAAUGUUAUAUGCUAUUCUCUGUGGCACUUAUCCUUUUGAUGAUGAAAACAUUCCCAACUUGUACAAAAAAAUAAAGAGCGGGAUAUACACUCUUCCUAGUCAUCUAUCUCCUAGUGCUAGUGAUCUAAUAUCAAGGAUGCUUGAGGUGGAUCCUGUGAAAAGAAUAACCAUACCUGAGAUAUGUCAACACCCAUGGUUCUAUGUUCAUCUGAAGCAAUAUUUAGUAGUGCCACCACCAGACACAAUGCAGAAAAAUGACAAGGGAGAGUUGUGGCAUGAAAGUUUGGGUUGGAAAAGUGUGAUGAUUUGUUUACUGUCAAGAGCUAGUUCAUUGUUGCCAUCAAAACUUGUAAAGAGUUGCUUUGGAUGUUUGGAUGAAGAAUUUGACACAAUGAGUUGGUUUUACUCAAGAAAGGCUCACAUUGUGUGAUAUUUGUAGUGUUAUCCAUCUUCGAAUAAAAAUCCUACUUUCUAUGAUAGAUCCAAGUGUAUUGAUGUUUGGUAUUAGUGAAUAUGUGUAAUGUGAGGCUGAGGAUGUUAAUUUUCAUAUUUGAAAAGAAUGGUUUCACUAAAUUGAUGAAGGGGAAGUUGACCUGUUAUUUGAUUA